AUUAUUUAUAUUGUUAUUAUUAUUAGUAGUAGUAGUAUUAUGUCUAACAUGUGAAUUGUGAUUAUUACGUUUUUUUCUUGGGGUGGGGUCUACUGUAAUGUGACUGGUUCUUAGAUAAUUACAUCCUCCCACAAUGGAAUGAAGUAUCUUGUCAUCCUAAUCCACAUUAUGUAUGUUUUACAGACCCAACGACUUGAAGAUGUCUUCACCUAAGGGACCUGCCAUCGGUAUUGACCUGGGCACCACCUACUCCUGCGUGGGGGUGUUUCAGCAUGGAAAAGUGGAGAUCAUUGCCAACGACCAGGGCAACAGAACCACCCCGAGUUAUGUGGCCUUCACAGACACAGAGAGACUGAUCGGUGAUGCUGCUAAAAAUCAGGUGGCCAUGAACCCUAACAACACCAUCUUUGAUGCCAAACGUCUGAUUGGACGGAAAUUUGACGAGUCAGUUGUACAGUCUGACAUGAAGCACUGGCCUUUUACAGUCGUCAGUGAUGGAGGGAAGCCCAAAGUCCAAGUUGAGUACAAGGGAGAGAACAAAACAUUUAACCCUGAGGAGAUCUCCUCCAUGGUCCUGGUGAAGAUGAAGGAGAUUGCUGAGGCCUACCUGGGCCAGAAAGUAUCCAAUGCGGUCAUCACCGUUCCUGCCUAUUUCAACGACUCCCAGCGCCAGGCCACCAAGGAUGCUGGAGUGAUCGCUGGACUGAACGUGCUGAGAAUCAUCAAUGAGCCCACGGCAGCAGCCAUUGCUUAUGGACUGGACAAAGGCAAGACUGGUGAACGCAACGUUCUCAUUUUUGACCUGGGUGGUGGCACUUUUGAUGUUUCUAUUCUAACCAUUGAAGAUGGCAUCUUUGAGGUCAAAUCCACAGCUGGAGACACUCACCUGGGUGGAGAGGACUUUGAUAACCGCAUGGUGAAUCACUUUGUGGAGGAGUUCAAGAGAAAAUUUAAGAAAGACAUUAGUCAUAACAAGCGGGCACUGAGGAGGCUGCGCACAGCAUGUGAGAGGGCCAAGAGGACCCUGUCCUCCAGCUCCCAGGCCAGCAUUGAGAUCGACUCUCUUUAUGAGGGUAUUGAUUUCUACACCUCCAUCACCAGAGCACGCUUUGAGGAGAUGAACUCUGACCUGUUCAGAGGAACGCUUGAGCCUGUGGAGAAAGCCUUGAGAGACGCCAAGCUGGACAAGUCACAGAUCCAUGACAUCGUCUUGGUGGGCGGUUCCACCAGAAUCCCUAAAAUCCAGAAGCAGCUUCAAGAUUUCUUCAAUGGCAGGGACCUGAACAAGAGCAUCAACCCUGACGAGGCCGUGGCCUACGGCGCUGCAGUUCAGGCUGCCAUCCUCAUGGGUGACAAGUCUGAGAACGUCCAGGACCUGCUGCUGCUGGAUGUGGCCCCACUGUCUCUGGGCAUUGAGACGGCCGGAGGAGUCAUGACCGCCCUCAUCAAACGCAACACCACCAUCCCCACCAAACAGACCCAGACCUUCACCACUUACUCAGACAACCAGCCAGGUGUCCUGAUCCAGGUGUUUGAAGGAGAGAGAGCCAUGACCAGAGACAACAACCUGCUGGGCAAAUUUGAGCUGACGGGUAUCCCGCCAGCUCCACGUGGCGUCCCCCAGGUCGAAGUGACCUUUGACAUCGACGCCAAUGGAAUCCUCAACGUGUCAGCUGUGGACAAAAGCACAGGCAAAGAGAACAAGAUCACCAUCACCAACGACAAAGGCAGGUUGAGCAAGGAGGACAUUGAGAAAAUGGUACAGGAUGCAGAGAAAUACAAAGCAGAAGAUGAAAGCCAGAGGGAGAAGAUCACUGCCAAGAACUCCCUGGAGUCCUAUGCAUACAACAUGAAGAGCAGUGUUGAGGAUGACAACAUGAAGGACAAAAUCAGUGAGGAGGACAGGAAGACAGUUGUAGACAAGUGCAACCAGGCCAUCUCCUGGCUGGAUAACAACCAGAUGGCUGAUAAAGAAGAGUUUGAGCACCACCUGAAGGAGUUGGAGAAGGUGUGCACCCCCAUCAUCUCCAAACUGUACCAGGGAGGAAUGCCUGGAGGCUGUGGUGCCCAGGCAGGAGGCUGUGGUGCCCAGGCACGCAGUGCCCCAGGUGCCAGCUCUCAGGGCCCCACCAUUGAGGAGGUGGACUAGAGCGGAGAGGAAGGACAUGUGGAUGUUGUUACUGUUUGUAAAUAACAGAGUGUUGCUUAACAGCUGUGAAAUCCUGUCAAGUACAAGUUCUGGAAUGUUCUUGAAUUUUCCUGAUGACUAUUACACUGUAUUUGUAAUGUGCCAUUUUAUUCCUCAUCAGCUGUGGAACAGUUGAUAUUUUGUGAUGUUUAACAAGGGUAUGUGGCUUUGUAAUGUCCUUUUUACAUGAAUAACAAAUUACUUUUAUAAUAAAUUAAUAUUUUAAAAUGAUAA